AUUUGGCGUGCGGGCCAUGGUUUGAAUUGACUCUUGGUUCUUAUUUUUCAAAAAACAAUUCUGUAAUUCUCCUACAUACACCCCCCACACACACUCUUUAUCGCACUUACUGUUUGUCGCACCUUUCAAAUAAACUUAUUUACACACACAUACGAUAAUGGCCGAGAAGAGAAAGUCGAAAGACAAGGACGCCUCGGCGAAAAAGUCAAAGGCGCCAAAGUCGUCCAAAAAAUUAAAUGGCGGAACCUCAAAGGAUUUAUCGGUCCAGCCUAUGUCCAUGCACUCGUCUAUACCCUACCCGGCAGCGAUCAAUUCGAGCAGCUUCAUCGAGAGCACGACCAAAUUGACGGUGACUCUUGCAGCGAUCCACAGCCGCGACUUCUGGGCCGGUGUGUACGAGACGCUGAACGGCAUGCUGCUCCACUUUGUGCCGCAGGUCCGCGGUGUGGUCCUGUCGUACUCAAAGGUUAAGCUUCUGGGCGAUUCGGCGCUGCUUUUCAAUGACUCUCCUUACGCCCAGCUGGAGAUCUCGGCGAAGCUUUUGCUGUGGCGGCCAGUGUCGGGCAUGUCUCUUGAGGGAGCCAUCAACGUGCAAUCUCCGGAUCACAUUGGUAUGCUGCUGUGGGACACGUUCAACGCAUCGAUCCCCGCGUCGUUUAUCCCCAAGGACAAGUACGAAUGGCGCCCUUUCAGUGACGAAGAGAUCGCCGCCCGCGCAGUGCCCGUCUCCAACAACAACAAUGCCAGCGACGACGAGCAGGACGAGGACGAGGCUGAGGCCAGCACCAUGCAGAUCGACGCAUAUGGUGUGCCCAGUGGCUUUGGUGAAAACAAGUUUGGAUCGGGCGAAUGGGUGCACAAGGGCACAAGCCAGAGCAUCGGAGCUGACGGCGGCCUCGAGUUUGUCGUGGUCGAUGUCAUCCGCGCCAACGAGGUUCUGAGCGUCACUGGCGCCCUCCGCUGAUACAACACAUCAAAACAAAAAACCGUGGGUCCUUUUUUUCUCUUUUGCAACCACCUUGCAGACACAGACUGUUGAAUAUACA